AUGGACAAGAAGGUCGAUGGCCGCUGCUUCCAUUAUCUACGCUUUGCAGACGACAUCGUGCUCAUAGCACCGAACAUCGAGCGGGCGGAACAAUCGCUGGCCGACAGCACUUGUGAAGAGAUCGGAUUACGACUGAACCUAACGAAGACGAUUUUUAUACGAAGCGGACUGAUACCUGAUGCCUCUUACAAACAAAACGGAACGAACAUCUCUGGACGCUUUAACUACGUCUAUCUAAGCCAAGAACGUGAAGGAAGCAUCGGGAACCAAUCCGUUGCUUGUAAAGCUUGUCCUCGUCAGGAUCGGAUGCGAGCCGAUCUUCCCAUCAAUCUUGUUGAAUUCAGUCACCAUUCGUUCCGCCUGCUCGAUAUUCGGCUUGAGGAUGACCAUGCUGGCGAAGAUGAUGCAAGUAGCUGUCGUUGA